AUGGUUCUUGCUCUGGUUAUGUCCACAAGUGCCAGAAAUGUACCCAGCGAUGCUGCUCUCAAAGAUCAGAAGAACUUCAUCACGUAUGGUGGCAUUGGUGGUUACUCCGGAAUUGGGAGCAACGGACUACCUUUUGGAGGAGUUGGUGCUGGAAUAGGUGGCGGUGGACUAGGUGGCGGCACUACCGGGAUAGGUGGACUUGGAGGCACGGGUAAUGGAGUUGGCUGCGGUGGUGCUCAUCCUUGA